GAACCCAUCCACCAGACAGACAGAAAAACCAUAGAUCAUUCAUUCAUCCAUUCACUCAUUCAUGCAUACACACACCUACCAAGCCUUCCUAUAUCCGAAGAUGAAGCCCCAAUCUCGCAACAAACCCACCCACACAUCCUCACCACCCGCAGCCCCAACAACCAGCAAAGACUACUUCUCGCACAUCCCCGAACAAAGAACAUUAUCCCCAACUACGUCACACAACAACCAGCCCGACCACUUCGUAGAACGGCCCUACCUAAGAACCACAACAAGCACCAGCAGCAGCCACUCCUCAACCUGGCUCCAACGGACCAUCUCGCAAAACUGGCUCUCGGACCGCCCCCUCUCGGACGAAAGCCGCAGCGCGCUCAAAGACUACGAAGAGCUGUUCCGUCCGGCGCUUGAGAACAGGCGGGAUCGACAUCGGGAUCGGGAUGGGGCCUGCGAUCGAGAUCGGCACUCUUGGGGACAAACGCCUUGAUUGCCACCUAGGUGCCUAUGUCGUUGCGAUUGAUUCUAUUUGUGGGUGAUAGAUGGGCGUAACCUAUUAAUAUUCGGGAUUGGACUUGUCGCAUUUGUGGUGCAGAUGGUGGUGCUAUUUUGGGACUUGACUGGUAUGUUGGAUGACGUCAUUGUGGUAUUCUACGAUCGAGGGGGAGUAUAAAAGUACGGAAUUUAUAUAACUAUAUCUAAUGUAUACUUAAGUAAUAUGGUAUUCUGUGGUAUUUUUGAAGGAAUAAUCAUUUU